AUGUCGACAUCGUUCCGCUUACCUUACGGAUACAGAAAUGCACCGCCAUGGCCUUCACUGUACUGGCCUUUCGAACCCAACUUUGAUCCUCUCAACUUGGUGGCGGAUAUACCUCACUCACUCUAUUACCUCAAUGGAAUUUGGGCAUUUAUUAUGCUUGAAAAGUCCCGGACGUUUAAAUGGUAUAUCUCGAUUUUUAUACCGCUGCUAUUUGUACUCGGCGGUUCAAUAGCAUCUUUUGUCAUAGGCAGCAUCAUGGGCGUAGCUCUUGCUUUCGUAUACAACGCUGGAUUUUUUGUCAUGUCAACUUGGAUACCCUUCUUAUGGGCUUUGAUUCAUAUACUUGUCGUUUUGAUAGGCUCUUAUUCUACUAUUACUGCCGUUCUAUAA